AUGUUCCGCAGUCCCUACGAUGGCUAUGUAGCUAUAUUUAGUCCACAAGGCCGACUACAUCAGGUGGAGUAUGCAAUGCAGGCCGUUAAGCUUGGCAGUAUUGCAGUUGGUCUCAAAAAUGAAGACUCCGCCGUGUUAAUAGCACACACUAAGCCGUCCAAGUGUUCGAUUGCACCGAGAAAGAUAUUUAAUCUUGAGACGCACAUGGGCAUGGUCAUGUCGGGCAUAACGACGGAUGGUCAGCAGCUGGCAAAAUAUUUGCGGGUCGAGUGCCAGGCUUAUAGACUCUCCUAUGACGCUCAGUAUCCCAUUAUGCGUUUGGCUGAAAAUAUAGGCAACAAAAUGCAGAUCGCCACACAGCGCUGUGGACUGCGACCAUAUGGCGUGGGCUUACUUUUGGCUUCCUAUUGCCAUGGUAAGCCGUACAUCUAUCAGGCCAUGCCCACAGCCAAUGUGUUUAGUUGCAAAGCUAUGGCCAUAGGCGAACGCUCUAAGGCUGCGCAUGCUUACUUGAAGCAGCAUAUGUGUGAAUUUUCGACAUGCAAUGCAAACGAGCUCAUUUGCUAUGGCAUCAAUGCUGUGCGUGCUGCGGAUGUAGGGGCUAAAGAAUUGGAUAUAGCCAUUGUGGGCAAGAAAACGCGCUUUAAGUUGCUGACCGAAGCUGAAUUGAGAUAUUAUCAAACGAUGUGUGAGCUAUUUUUACCCAUGCAAUCGCAAGAUUUUUUCUCUUCGGCAUGA